AUGAGCGGUGGUGUCUACGGUGGAGACGAGGUCGGUGCUAUCAUUUUCGACGUUGGACACCAGAGCCUACGCGUUGGUUAUGGCGGUGAGGACACGCCGAAGGCCGAAAUCCCGACCACCCUCGGGAUAUGGGAGGACAGCAUCGAAACACCAGACGGCAAUCAGACCGUCAGGAAGCAUUACAACAUGGAUGUCACGGCCAUCCAAGUGCGGAAGAAGGACAUGGAUUUGAUUAGUCUAAUGCAAGACGGUAUGAUCGAGGGCUGGGACAUGUUCGAACGCCUGACAGAAUACACCUACAAGCAGCGUCUGCACGCCCUACCGGAACACCAUCCGAUCCUGAUGACCGAAUGCCCAUGGAACACGAGGUUGAAGCGGGAGAAGCUACUGGAGCUGAUGUUCGAAAAGUUCAACGUCCCGGCCAUGUACAUCUGCAAGAACGCUGUAUUGGCGGCAUAUGCAAACGGACGAUCGACGGCCAUGGUCGUCGACAGCGGCGCGACGCACACGAGCGCGGUCCCUGUUCACGACGGUUAUGUCAUCACUCAAGGAAUCGUGAAAAGCCCGUUGGGAGGUGACUUCAUCACGAUGCAAUGCAGACAAUUCUUCGAAGAGAAGGAUGUCGAGCUAUUGCCCGCCUGUCUGGUCGCCAGCAAAGACGUGGUCCGCGAAAGAGAGACACCCCGUUGGGUCAGAAGAGGCGGUCCCCAACCGUCAUCCUCCUGGCUAAGCUACAUGAUCCGAGAGCUGUUGCAAGACUUUCAGAUGAACGUUCUUCAAGUCUCGGACAGCCCGUACGACGAAGACGUAGCAAACUCCUUGCCAAUGAAACACUAUGAGUUUCCAACCGGCUACAACGACGAUUUCGGUUCGGUGAGACUAAUGAUUCCGGAAGCCUUGUUCGACCCCAGCAACGUGAAGGGUGUCGGCGCCAGCAUUCUCGGGAUUGGGCCACUCGUCACGACCAGUGUGGGCAUGUGUGAUAUGGACAUUAGACCAAGCUUAUAUGGAAGCGUCGUGGUCACCGGUGGCAACUCCUGCCUACAAGGCUUUAGCGAAAGACUGAAUCGAGACUUGGCUAGCAAAACUCCCCCGAGCAUGAGACUGAAAAUAAUGAGCGCAAACAGUUCGAGUGAGCGUCGUUACGGUGCCUGGAUCGGCGGAUCGAUCCUUAGCUCCCUUGGAUCCUUCCAGCAGAUGUGGCUGUCACGGCAAGAGUACGAGGAGUCUGGGAAGCUGAUCCUCGAGAGAUGCGCGUGA